UUGCAAGACUUGUUUCAUUUUGGUUUUGGACAGAACUGAGCGUUGUACUUCAAACAAAAGGCAGCCAGUUACUAACUUCUGGUUGCUAGGUGUGGCCUCAGUUCAUCUCCUAUAAAAUCAGGAGCCCAACCCUCAGCUUCCAGACUGAAACCUUCAGAGGACAGACAACCUCUCUUUAGUUCCUUGGAAGAAGAAACUUCUUUAAAAUGGCAAUGGUAUCAGAAUUCCUCAAGCAGGCCUGGUUCAUUGACAAUCAAGAACAGGAAUAUGUUCAAUCUGUGAAAUCAUCUAAAGGUGGCCCUGGGUCAGCAGUGAGCCCCUAUCCCAGCUUCAAUCCAUCCUCAGAUGUUGAAGCUUUGCACAAAGCUAUAACAGUCAAAGGUGUGGAUGAAGCAACCAUCAUUGAUAUUUUAACCAAGAGAAACAAUGCCCAGCGUCAGCAGAUCAAGGCUGCAUACCUCCAGGAGAAAGGCAAGCCCCUGGAUGAAGCUCUGAAAAAAGCCCUUACAGGUCACUUGGAGGAAGUUGUUUUAGCUCUGCUAAAAUCUCCAGCUCAGUUUGACGCAGAUGAACUGCGUGCUGCCAUGAAGGGACUUGGAACUGAUGAAGAUACUCUGAUUGAGAUUCUUGUGUCAAGAACAAACAAAGAAAUCAGAGAAAUUAACAGAGUUUACAGUGAGGAGCUGAAGAGAGAUCUGGCUAAAGACAUCACUUCAGACACCUCUGGAGACUUCCGGAAGGCUUUGCUUUCUCUUGCUAAGGGUGACCGAAGUGAGAAUUAUAGUGUGAAUGAGGAUUUGGCUGAUACAGAUGCCAGGGCCCUAUAUGAGGCAGGAGAAAGAAGAAAGGGGACAGAUGUGAAUGUGUUCAAUACAAUUCUGACCACUAGAAGUUACCCUCAUCUGCGCAGAGUGUUUCAGAAAUAUACCAAGUAUAGUCAACAUGAUAUGAACAAAGUUCUGGACCUGGAGAUGAAAGGUGAUAUUGAGAAAUGCCUCACAGCCAUUGUGAAGUGUGCUACCAGCACCCCCUGUUUCUUUGCAGAGAAACUUCAUCAGGCCAUGAAGGGAGCUGGGACUCGUCAUAAAGCAUUGAUCAGGAUCAUGGUCUCCCGUUCUGAAAUCGACAUGAAUGAAAUCAAAGUAUUUUACCAGAAGUUAUAUAAUAUCUCUCUUUGUCAAGCCAUUCUGGAUGAAACCAAGGGAGACUAUGAAAAAAUCCUGGUGGCUCUCUGUGGUGGAAACUAGACAUUCCUUUGAUGCUCAUUACCAGAAGAUUUCCUAAAUGUAGCUUUCAUUGUGUUGUAUAGGCUUCAAAAGGAAAGUUGUUCCAGUGGGGUCACACUUUAGUCAACUUUCUGAAAAAUACAGCCUAUAAAUCAUUUUUGCAUCAUAGAUCUACACAAUAGACACACAAACUUGUGCUGUAGUUAUAUUUACCCUAAGCUUGAAAUCCCCAUAUACAAGUUGUUUUGAUAUUACCUGAGAUAGAUGUUUAUGUAGCUGAAAAUAAAAUAAUUUUAUAAGACA